AUGGAAGAUAUUCAAGAAGUUCAAGAGGUACAGGAAUCUAUUCCUGCCGAGGAAGUACAAGAAAACACCGAUACAAAGAUUGUAAUUGACCCUGAUACUACCAUAUUUGUGGGUAAUUUAGCUUCGUCUUGCACUGAAGAAGAUUUAUAUUCUUUGUUUAGUAGUGAAGCUGGAGGUGUUAAAGUUGAUAUUCCUCCUGCAAGACAGAAUGAAAAUAUUUCAAGUAAUGGCUAUUCACGUAAGUUUCAUAAUAAAUUUGCUUUUGUCACCUUCCCAGAAAAGAUUGAUAUGGAUAAAAUCCUUGAAAAGUACGAUCAACAAGUGAUCAAGGACAAAGCAAUUUUUAUUAGAAAAGGGUUGAGUCCAGAAGAAAGAGAUGCGGCCAAGGGAGAAAGAAUGGCCAAUAGAAGAGGCAGAGGUGGUUCCAGAGGCAGCUUCAGAGGUAGUUUCAGAGGUGAUAAAGGAAACUUUAGGGGCGGGAGUUACAACAGUCGUGGUGGUUCCUACAGAGGAUCUACUUCCCGUGGUUCAUUUAGAGGCGGAAGAGGAGGUUCCACAUCUGUUCCACCUAGAAAAGAGAAAACUCCGUUAAAUGAAAUGGAAAGAUCGACUGAUACCCUUUAUGUUAACAAUAUACCAUACUAUGCUAACAAACACGAAUUGGCCCAUUUCUUUGGUAUUAAUGAAGAAGAUGUUGUGUUACCAAUGAGAAGAAUGAGAGAUCAAAGAACUAAAAGAGUUUUCUUUUCCAAAAGAAUGAACAGGGGUAUCGCCUUUGUCACAUUCACCGAUCCAAACGUUGACAUUAUUAAAAAAUCUGAAGAAUUCCAAGGCAAGGUCUUCCAAGAUAGAGCAAUUGUAGUGGAUGUCGCUGCGUUAAAGCCAGUAUUUCCUGGGGAUAAUGCUAACGAAGAGAUAACUGAUGGUUUAGAGGAAGAACAAAAGCCUGAUACUGCAGCUGCAAUUAACCAAGAUGAAUGA